AUACACACGCCGUCGCUUCCUGGUUUGCAGGGGGAUUGCAUCGUGCAACAUUUCCGGGACGCCGAGAGCUCGAGUGAUGGUCAGUUCGCAGUCAGUGUCGCGGGUCGCCGAAGGAUCAUGUUGAUUCUCAUCUCACGGUUAAUAUUGAUGACGGCGGUGUGGCGUGUGGCGGAGGGGAAGGCAUCACUUCCAUAUAGCUCAGAAGGAAAAUGUAACGACUUGACCUCUGAAUAUUACGCCAAAGAUCUGCAAAUAUGCUGCAGUAAAUGCAAACCAGGGACGCGUCAGCAUGUGCAGUGCACUAGGAAUUCAGACACCGUCUGUGAGCCCUGUCAACAAGGACAGUACUCAGAAAAUUAUAACCAUUUUAAAAAUUGUUUCUCCUGUCCACAGUGUAAAGAUGAGAAAGGACUGGCUUAUGGCACGAAGUGCUCCGCUGAUACCAAAUCUGUUUGCGUUUGCAAGCCUGGAAUGUUCUGUUCGAAGAUUGGUUUCCUUUCUGAAUGUGAGGAAUGUAGAAAAUAUAAAUCUUGCAAACCUGGUGAAUACACAGCCAGAAAAGGAACACCUAAAAAUGAUGUCAAGUGUGAAAAGUGUCAGUCUGGAACGUUUUCAAACCACAUUAAUGCUGAGUCCUGCCAACCACACACACAAUGUGAAGGUGGUUCAGUUUUAAGACAAGGCAGUUCUACAGCUGACACACUGUGUGAUGUGACACCACCCCCUUUAACAAACACAACAGAGGUUUCUCUUCAGAGCUCACCCAAGCAUCCUCAUCCUCGCUUAACUAAACCAAGUAGUUUCAGGAGUCUAACGGCACAGCCUAUGAACGCGACCACCACACCAUCUCUGCUUCCAUCGAGCAGCAUGACAGCAAUCAAAACCACAAACAGCUCUGACACAGAUACCCCGACUCUAAUCUACUGCACUGUCAUAGUUUGUGGUGUUCUGGUUUUGCUAGCGCUGACAUUGAUGGUGAUUACUUGCAAGUUACGAAAGAGAAAAGCAGGUAUAAAAAAGGUUCCGGUCGCAGGGGGCAACAAGCUAGUGCAGGAUGCCUCAGAGAACGGCAUACUUGAUCAUCAGUGUCUAUUACACGCUGACAAGUGCCAGAAGGAGCCCUCCAUGACUUCAUCGGACAGCCAGAGUCAGCCAGACUCCAGCCAGAGUCACAGCAGCGGUGAUUGGCUGGAACGCGCCAGCCAGGAGGAAUCCCUACCGGAGCAGCCAUCCGUCUCCAGCCCGUUAGUCAAUCUCAGCAUCACGGCCACCUUCAACUGCCAGGUGAAUCCGACGACAGCUUCCUGUUCCAUCCCCCUGAACCCAUCUGCACUGACUCCCCACGUUGAAGCUCCGGUGCCGCUUUCUCAAGAGGAGGUCUGUAUAUCCUGCCAACAGGAGGACGGCAAAGAAGCUCUGCAGUCAGUGCAGGAGAGCAGCCCGUGUGCCUUCUGAUCAGACGAACUGAUAAAAUGUAUAGCCUAAGUUUAGGUAAAUGUUUUUGCCAAAUGCACGAAUGCAAUGAAAUGUUACACAGGGAUUUAAAAGACAUUUAUUGCAUUUUCAAAUGUAAGGCUGAUAUACAAAAUAGCUUAUGUUAGUACGUAAAGUGACGGUUCACCCAAAAAUGAAAAUUCUGUCAUCAUUUACUCACCCUCAUGUUGUUCCAAACCUGUACAAGUUUCUUUCUUCUGUUGAACACAAAAGAAGAUAUUUUGAAGAAUGUUGGUAAGCAGACAGUUGACGGUGGCCAUUGAAUUCCAUAAAAUUUUUUUCCUACUAUGGAAGUCAGUGGGGUCUAUCAGUGGUUUGAUUACCAAAGAAAGAAACUCAUACAAGUUGAGGGUGAGCAAAUGAUGACAGAAUUUUCAUUUUUGGGUGAACUAUCCCUUUAAGAGCUAAUUAGGGGUUACCGAUAUGUUUUUCACCAUCUGAUGCUCAUAUCAUUUGACCUCCGGUGCGAAUUCUUUACAUCAGUGACAUUUCAUUGUUAUAAAGCUUUAUGAUUACGUAUUUAGUAGUUGUGUUUGACAUUUGACCCAUAAAAUGCUCCUCUCUGAUGAUACUUAAAGUGUUAGUUCACCCAAAAUGAAAAUAAUGUAAUUUAUUACUCACCCUC